AUGUUGGGAUCCGCUUCUUCUCUUGGUGCCAGCGGUUUUGCUUCUGUAGACUUUGCAUUCAAACCAAUUCAGCCAUGGGAGACAAAUCACGCUUCAACUCAACCAUCGCAACGAAUGGCGCUGGAUUGUGACGAGGAGCACGUCGACGUUAAGCCAUAUGGAAUCGAGACUCCAAUCGACGAUGCUUUGUGUGUAUCUUGUGAGGACCUUUUUCAUGAUAUGCGAACACAGCAAACUGAAUAUGUGUCGCCUUCAGCAUACAAUCCAACGGCUUCUUUCUUGCCCUACCGGCGAUACCUUGUGGACUGGAUGAGUGACGUUGGUGAGCAGUGCAGAUUGCAUAACUCAACCGUACAUGUCAGCAUUCUUUUUCUUGACAAAAUAUUCCGAACUCGUGAUAUUCCCAGAACGAGAUGGCAGCUCUUGGCUACUGCUUGCAUUAGCGUUGCUGCCAAAUACGAAGAGGCCGAGGAACACUGCCCACCAAUUCCUGAGCUCUUGCGGUUGACGAAACUUGGACAGAUGGGCUAUACACCGCUCUCGUUUAGGGAGGGGGAACUUGAAGUGCUGCGGUGUCUGGGUUGGAAACUACGCGCCGUACCUGCCAUUCAUUUUUGUGGGUACUUUCUUUCCAAAGGCGUCACAUUUGAGAACGAUUCUUGGCAGGGAAGGAAGCUGAUUGAAAAAAUUCCAAAGUAUGUAAAAAAGUAUUCUGACUUUUUUUGCAACUUGACACUGCAAGAGUACGCCUUUCAGAAGUACCUUCCAAGCCAUUUAGCUGCUGCAAUUAUUCUUGCCUCCAGAGUGGCCCUGCAACUUGAACCUAGAUGGAAACCAGAACUUGUUGUUUUGACGGGGCAUUCAGAGCACGAACUAAUAGAGGUAUUCCAUCACAUUUGGUCUUACUACGAAGAACAGUUCCCUGGUCAUGGUUCACGCGCAAUCUCCCCCAGGAGUGUUUCUAAUCAAGACAUGUAUACAUGA